AUGUCUGCUCUGAACGCCUUCCACGAGUCUCUUCCAUACAUUGACGACGAACCCACAGCGGCGGAGCGCGAAGCCGCCGAGUCCUUGAUUCGUGCCGAGUUGGCCACAUCAUCCCCGACGCCUGCAUCAACCUAUACAAAACUGUCCUUCUCCCCCCUGAUCGAGCUCGAGCUGGAACGCGUCGCCUCCAAGCAACCACUUAAAGCCAUUGACCUCGAACGCUACCAAACACAAGAGCCUUUCCCAGAUUCCGAGAAACCAUCGACAGCAGAGGACCGUGAACGUCUCGCCGACUCACUCCAGAAAGCCUACAUUGCCUACACCUAUCUAGACACACGUGCUCAGAACCUCAACCUGCUGGACAAAUGGGGCAAGAAUGCUUGGCUGAUUGGCAAUUGGGGCCUGGAGAAUGAGCUCAAGUCUCUCGAACGUGAUCUCGCCGAAACGAAGCGCCUGAUCGACGUCUUGACCGUCGCUCGAAGGCGGCAGCAGGAGGAGGUGGCAGCUGAGAUGAAGGGCCUGGAAGAGACUUGGAAGAAGGGUGUAGGAAGGACAUUGGAGACUGAGAUCGCCGUUGAACAAUUGAGAAGGGAGAUUUUGGAAGAGAUGAGAGUAAGAGGUGGUUAA